CGGGACCUCAGGCAAGGUAACGUCGUCAUCGCGACCCGCCGUUUCCGUGCUUCGUAGUCGCCUUUUUGAGAGUUUUCCAUUCCAACCAGCCUCGAUACCCUCCCUGAUACCCAGGCAAAAUAAGUUGCGUUGAUAGUCCCAACAGCCGCCCACCAUGGCUCAGAUUCCGCCUCCCAAGUCAAAGCUUGACAUCCUGCCCAAGAUGCAGGUAAAGGGCCCCUUCUCCGUCCCAUCUCCUGGAGUUGAGGCCAAAGACGGCGAGACCGUGCCGCGUCGACUGCCCCAGGCCAUCCCGGAUUUGAUCACCAUACCUGGAGGCAGCAUCACCACCACCUACGAGCUCGUUAAGCAAAGUGCCGAGAAGUACGGCAACGCCAAGUGCUUGGGCUCGCGUAAGCUUGUCAAUACCCACCGCGAGACAAAGAAGAUCAAGAAGGUAGUCGAUGGCGAGGAGCGUGAGGUCGACAAGCAGUGGACCUACUUCGAGCUGAGCCCUUACGAAUAUAUUACUUUCCACGAGUACGAGCGUCUCACCCUCCAGCUCGGUGCAGGCCUGCGUAAGCUGGGCAUGGCCAAGGCUGAUCGCGUGCACAUCUACGCCGCCACGAGCUCCCACUGGUUGGCCAUGUCCCACGCUGCGGCCUCGCAGUCCAUGCCCGUCGUGACAGCUUACGACACGCUCGGCGAGCAGGGCUUGAAGUACUCCAUGGUUGCGACCUCUGCCAAGGCCAUCUUCCUCGACCCCCAUCUGUUGCCGACUCUUGUCAAUGUACUUCAGGAGGCCAAAGACAUUCGCUUCGUUAUCUGGAAUAACCAGAACCAGAUCCAGCAGGCACACGUGGAUCAGCUCAAGUCUGCUCACCCCGAGAUUCAGAUCUUGAGUUUCGAAGAGCUGCGCAAGCUAGGAGAGGAGAACCCUGUCGACGCUGUGCCCCCCACCACUGAUGAUCUGUGCUGUAUUAUGUACACUUCUGGUUCGACCGGCACCCCUAAAGGUGUUCCAUUGAAGCACAAGGCCGUCGUUGCCGCUAUUGCGGGUGUCAGUGCUGUCGUACAGCCCUUCAUUGGUCCUGGCGACGGCCUCCUAACAUACCUCCCGCUCGCCCACAUUCUCGAGUUCGUCUUUGAGAACGCUUGUAUCUACUGGGGUAGUACUAUGGGAUACGGCAAUCCGAAGACUCUUUCCGACAACUCGGUUCGUAACUGCGCUGGUGAUAUCAGGGAAUUCAAGCCUUCCGUGAUGGUCGGUGUUCCUGCGGUCUGGGAAACAGUAAAGAAGGGCAUCGUCGCCAAGGUCAACGCCAGCAGCCCUCUGGUCAAGACUCUGUUCUGGAAUUCCCUGUCUGCGAAGAUGCACAUGAUGAACGCCGGCAUUCCCGGUUCUGGAGUGCUCGACUCUGUUGUCUUCAAGAAACUCAAGGAGGCAACUGGUGGACGUCUCAAGCUCUGCAUGAACGGAGGUGGCCCCAUUGCCAAGGAAACCCAGCAGUUCAUUUCGAUGGCCAUUGCCCCCAUGAUCAUUGGCUACGGUCUUACCGAGACCACCGCCAUGGGCUGUAUCAUGAAUCCUCUUGAGUUCAACGUCAACAACAUGGGCGCUAUGCCGGCGUCGGUAGAAAUCAAGCUGGUGGACUUCGCCGAGGCUGGCUACUAUGCUACCAACAAGCCUAACCCUCAGGGUGAGGUUUGGAUUCGUGGACCCUCCGUCCUAGAGGAAUACUAUGAGAAUCCCAAGGAGACGAAGGAGGCUCUUACUGAGGAUGGCUGGUUCAAAACCGGCGAUAUCGGCGAGUUUGACAGCAAUGGUCAUCUCAAGCUCAUUGACAGGAAGAAGAACUUGGUCAAGACGCUCAACGGCGAGUACAUUGCCCUCGAGAAGCUCGAAUCCAUUUAUCGUGCCGCUACUGUGGUAGCCAACAUCUGUGUCUACGCUGAUGCCAAACAGGCCAAGCCUAUUGCCAUCAUCGUUCCUGCCGAGCCGGCCCUGAUCAAACUGGCCGAGAGCAUUGGUGUCAAGGGCAAUAACCUAGAGGAGCUUGUGCAUGACAAAAAGCUACAGAGCGCCGUUCUCAAAGAACUGCAGAACGCCGGCCGAUCAGGCGGUCUCUCAGGCAUUGAGAUUAUUGAGGGCGUUGUCAUGUCCGACGAGGAAUGGACGCCGCAAAACGAUCUGGUUACCGCGGCGCAGAAGCUUCAGCGCAAGAAGAUUUUGGAGAAGUACAAGGACGAGGUCGCCAAGGCUUACGGCUCUUCCUGAUUGCGGACGUUGUGCUUGUUUCGAUCUCUGAGGGAUCUUUUCUUCUUUUGUUUUUCCCAGUUUUCUUUUCUAAUUGGAUCAUGGGCUCGGAUCUUUUAAUUCUCCCGAAAGUUGCAGCAUCGGGCUGGUUGGCUACGGGAUGCUUGAUAUCCAGGAGUACAGUGUGCGCGAUUCGUAUUUGUAACAAUAUCAAACAUAUCUGGCCGCAUGCUGAGCGUUCUCAUUUCCGUGGGUGGCCGAGUCCAGCCAGGUGGGACUAACUGAGCAUUCACCUUCGUACGCUGUUCCCAGCCCGUUCGAAUCGACGGACGAAGAGGGUGCUAUUUGGCAAUCAUGCAUCCCAUUUGACCGGGACCGGUCAAGUCGGUGUCCCACUAUUUUGACCCGAGGAUGCCGUGCUAACAGGAGCCUCUAUGGGGGCCAAUGUGACGCUCCGGAUUGCCCAGCGUGUGCUGGUGUGAAGGAUUCCCUUACAACGGGACGCU